GCUUGGACGUGUGCUGCUCCCCAUCCCCCUCUUGGCCCGGGCCUGAGUCCGCUGUCCCCCAGCUCGUCCCCGAAAAGCCAGGGCGGCCGUGCCCUCUGCCGUGGACCCGGGGGGCUGUCGCCGCCCCUCCGAAUCCUCCGGGCCGUAGAGGAGUUCGCUACGGAGGGAGGCGGGGGCAUUCGGGAGGCGGCGGAGGAGGAGGCUGAGGAGGAGGGAAGGAAGAUGGCGGCCGUGGAGCUAGAGUGGAUCCCAGAGACUCUCUACAACACCGCCAUCUCCGCUGUCGUGGACAACUACAUCCGCUCCCGCCGAGACAUCCGCUCCUUGCCCGAGAACAUCCAAUUCGAUGUUUACUACAAGCUUUACCAGCAGGGACGAUUAUGUCAAUUGGGCAGUGAAUUUUGUGAAUUGGAAGUUUUUGCUAAAGUAUUGAGAGCUUUGGAUAAAAGACAUUUGCUUCAUCAUUGUUUUCAGGCUUUGAUGGAUCAUGGUGUUAAAGUUGCUUCAGUCCUGGCCUACUCAUUCAGUAGACGGUGCUCUUACAUAGCAGAAUCAGAUGCGGCAGUAAAGGAAAAAGCAAUUCAAGUUGGCUUUGUUCUAGGUGGCUUCCUUUCGGAUGCAGGCUGGUACAGUGAUGCUGAGAAAGUUUUUCUGUCCUGCCUUCAGUUGUGUACUCUACAUGAUGAGAUGCUUCAUUGGUUUCGCGCAGUAGAGUGCUGUGUGAGGUUGCUUCAUGUACGAAAUGGAAACUGCAAAUAUCAUUUGGGUGAAGAAACAUUUAAGUUAGCACAGACAUACAUGGAUAAACUGUCAAAACAUGGCCAGCAAGCAAAUAAGGCUGCACUCUAUGGAGAACUGUGUGCCCUCCUGUUUGCAAAAAGUCACUAUGACGAGGCAUACAAAUGGUGCAUUGAGGCAAUGAGAGAAAUUACAGCAGGCUUACCAGUAAAAGUUGUGGUGGAUGUCCUAAGGCAAGCUUCUAAGGCUUGUGUAGUAAAACGUGAAUUUAAGAAGGCAGAACAGUUAAUUAAACAUGCAGUGUAUUUGGCACGGGAUCAUUUUGGAUCUAAACACCCAAAAUAUUCUGAUACAUUGCUAGAUUAUGGGUUCUACUUACUCAAUGUAGAUAAUAUCUGUCAGUCUGUUGCAAUUUAUCAGGCAGCCCUUGACAUUCGACAGUCAGUGUUUGGUGGCAAAAAUAUCCAUGUAGCAACAGCUCAUGAAGACUUGGCUUACUCUUCUUAUGUUCACCAGUACAGCUCUGGGAAAUUUGACAAUGCACUAUUUCAUGCUGAAAGAGCUAUUGGUAUCAUCACCCACAUUCUACCUGAAGAUCAUCUUCUUUUGGCUUCUUCAAAGAGGGUGAAAGCACUUAUUUUAGAGGAGAUUGCAAUUGAUUGUCACAAUAAGGAAACCGAACAGAGGCUGCUUCAAGAAGCUCAUGAUUUGCACCUGUCUUCACUCCAGCUAGCUAAAAAGGCUUUUGGGGAAUUUAAUGUACAGACUGCAAAACACUAUGGUAACCUUGGAAGACUUUAUCAGUCAAUGAGAAAAUUCAAGGAAGCUGAAGAAAUGCACAUCAAAGCAAUUCAAAUUAAAGAGCAACUUCUUGGUCAAGAAGAUUAUGAAGUAGCCCUUUCAGUGGGACAUCUGGCUUCUUUAUAUAAUUAUGACAUGAAUCAGUAUGAAAAUGCUGAGAAACUUUAUUUGCGAUCUAUAGCAAUUGGGAAGAAACUUUUUGGUGAAGGCUACAGUGGACUAGAAUAUGAUUACCGAGGUCUCAUUAAACUUUACAACUCCGUUGGAAAUUAUGAGAAAGUGUUUGAAUAUCACAAUGUUCUGUCUAACUGGAACCGGUUGCGAGAUCGGCAGUAUUCAGUGACCGAUGCUCUUGAGGACGUCAACACCAGCCCCCAGUCCACUGAAGAAGUGGUGCAGUCCUUCCUAAUAUCUCAGAAUGUCGAGGGACCAAGCUGCUGAGGGAUGGCCUCAGUUAACCAAUUACCUUUUCCCAUAUUCCAGGGAAUUCAUACUGUGAAAUCAAAACCAUGUUGUUUGUGAGGGCUGGAAUUUGCAUUGAAACACUGGUCCAGUCCAUUAAGACCCUAUUUUGGGUAAUGCCUAUCUUGCAGAGUGUCCGUAGAAUAAGCAUAUAUUCAGUUAUAUUCAGCAUGUACCGCAUGUAUAAGUAGUCUGGCCCACAUUUUCAGCCUAGUAGAACAAACAACAGGAGAAUCUUUUUUUCUUUUUAAAAAAAUAAUUCAUUUUGCAGUAAGCCUGAAAGAAAAAUAAGAACCCCUAAAUAAAACUAUUUAAGAGUUUAAAAGAGUUGCAUUCUUAUUAUGUAAGGAUGAUUUUAACAACUUUUUAACAUAUAAUUCUUCCAUGUGGAGGUAUUCAAUACUGUAUUGUAAAGAAAUUUUAUGGGGAAAAUCUUUAUAUGCAGUACAGAAGAGUUAACACAAGUACUAAUAAAAGAGGACCUCCUAAUGUAUGUUUGGCCCCCACUUAGAAAAAUGGAUCUGACCACUCAGGAGCUGUGUUACAGGGAGGCCUGUCAGGGUCAUCUGAGCUGGACCAGUGUGAUCUGUAAGUAAAAGAACAUCUGUUUGUUUUUGGUACAACAAUGCAAGAUGCUCUAAUAGCAUUUGCUCACAGGACCAGGAAGAACUUAAAAAAGGACCAGCCUAAUGUAAAAGGUGGUUAUUUGGACCAGAGGCUUUAGAUUAUUAUUUUAGCCCUUGCAUAUAUCUUUAUCAAUAGAAUGAUUUCACUUAGAUAUAUAAUGAAAAGUGAUAAUGCAAAAAAUGAUGUUCAUAUAAUGGAUACCAAGCUAGGGAAAUUUGGCAGUCCCAGUGGCAUAUCUUUAGUCAUGGCACACAGAUGGCAAUGCCAUAAGCCAGUGUAUAAAUAUCUGCUGCAGGCACCAUCCUCGUUUUCAAUGUUAUCCUAAUCAUAAAUGCCCUUAGUAGGUAUAUUGUCUGGAGUCGAAAAAUAGGUCAUGUCUGGAUGGGAAUUUUAGAUCAGUGUAUGGUUUGGGGGAAUUAUAGAAAAUAAAUGCCCAAAAAUAAGUCUUCUUAGAGAAUCCUUCAUUUUUAUGAUAAAUAAUAGUAACACUGAGUCAUUGUAUUUGAAGUCCGGGAAUCAAAUGGAAAAAUCCUGUAAUGAUAUGUUUGAUUCACUAAUUUGUUUAUUUGGUUUUGAUAAUUCUUUUUUAAGCCAGUGGGUUAUUUAAUGUUGAGGUAAUGUUCAAAUUGGAUAAGUUGUGACUCAUAGCAAACCAAGAAACUAAAAGGUCUUUUGCUGUUACCUCAAUUCUUAUGACAGUGGCCCGUCUGGUGCCUCUAGAGUUAAGAAUCUGAGUUUCUCCCCUAUUUUCAGGGGUUCAUGACUUGGCUGUUAGAGAUUCUGCUCCUGGCUAAUGCUUGGAGUAAUCUGUGGGUGAAUGGAUGUGUGUUGAAUUUUGGUUUUCUUUUAACAUGAACAUUGGAUGAAUGUCACAUGGAGUACCAGAAGAGUUAUGGGAGAUUUCAAAUUUUAAACACUCUUUGAACUUCCCAACUUUAACCCUGUUUGGAACUGCUGUUUGCAGUCUUUGAGGAGUUAGUGCUUUUAGGUCCCCAGGAGCUGAUUUAUUGGGGACUCUACCUAAAGAAAUGAAGCUAGUCCACACCCUACGAUGAUAACUUUGUGAUUUUGAAACCCGAGUUUAUUCCUCAGAUUGAAUUAUUUUCUUUUUAAAUUCAGGAAGGAAUAAAUUGGGACCCCUGCAGUUUAUGAAGCUUGUCCCCCUCCCAGAUAGUCUAAUGCCAAGAGCCACCCUUUAUUAAUUACCAAGUAGUAGUCUGUGUGACCAGGGACUAACAUUUUUAAGUUACUUAGCUCUCCUCAUGGGCCUAUAUAUUUAAUACCUCCAAAGAUAUUUUCAGGGUAGGCUUUGUAUACUCUAUUGGUAUUUAGAAUCCUGUGGUAUGUUUGUGGUAUAGGAAUGUCAUGGUAAAAUUGUUUUUAAUAAAUAUUUUGAAACUUAUGUUUCCACAUGAAGUUUUUUAUUUUAUUUUAUUUUUUUACUUUUUGGUUUUGUGCACAUACAGCAUUUCCUAGGAUAAAAUCAAGCAAAUGACUUAAGGCCUCAUCCUCCCUAACGUGGUUUGAACCCAGCUUAACUCACACUCUGAUAAAGUAACACAAUAUUUAGACACUUAGCAUCACGGGGUGAUGUGAGGUAGCAGCCAGUUAUUCUUCUGUUUUCAAAUAUCAUUAUUGGCACUUCUCCUUUCACCACUGCUUUAGUGUAGUUCCUAUAUAUCCAUAAAUGUUGUUAUAAUGCCUACACUCUAGCUUAAAACAUUUCUGUCUUAAAAAAAACAGAACAACUUUGCUGUCUUAUGUUAGACUCUGACUCAUAGCAUUAUUAUUUCUGAAUCUAAUGAAUGAUGCCCUAGUGUAAGUACAGGAUUUAUUCCUUUAGUGAGGAUGUUUGGAGUAAGUUAGAUGAAUGCCACAUGAUUUAUGACUUAAAAAAAAACAAACUCAAAGGAUAAAAUUUACCUCACAAUAACCAGAAGCUUGUACAGAUUUUUUUUUACAUAGGUGAAUGGGUUGUGUGUUAGGAAAUCCUGGCCAACAUAAAACAAUUUUUCUGGAGGUUUAGUUAGUGAAAUAAUGUUAAAUGCAGGCCUUCAGUCUCAUCCUUCCCUGACUUCUCUUCUACCCAGUCUUUUUCCUAAAUUUUGGUGCUACUCAAAUUGGGGGCAUCAGGGAGCUCUCGCUCGUGUCCGGUGGGUGGUCAAUCACUCUCGGAUUCUGUGUAGUGGAGCCAGUUGAGUUUUUCACAGCAUAAUCUUCAUGGGCCCCCAAAGCUGACUUUGCCAAGAGGAUUAGAACUCUUCUUAACCAUCAACUCUCUGUUCUUUGGUUAAAAAUGAACUCACUACUGCUUUGUAGCAACCCCUGUCCAGGUGUUCUUGCAUUGUGAUGAAGACCUUUGUUCCUAGCCUGUUAGGAAGAGUUCAUAAUCUUGUGACAAUUAAGUACAGAAAACUGAGCACAGUGGCACACAUCUACAGUCUCAGCCACUCGGGAGGCUGAGGCGGGAGGAUCACUGGAGCCCACAAGUUCAAGACCAAUGUGGGCAACAUAGGGAGACCCUCAUCUCAAAAAAAAGUAUAGCCCAUGCAGUCUUAAAAAUAAUGAGAGUGCCAGCCAUUUGGCUGCUCUUUAUAGUGCAAGCAGAAAGCCGACCAGUAAACACAUGCCUAAAAUAUGACUGAAGCUUUUGGCCAAAACUACAAAUUGAUAAGAUGAUAGUAAUUACUAAGUAACAGCAGUUAUUAACUCCCACUUAUUUUUUUAUUUUCCCCAGCAUUCCUAACCUUGUUGCUUCCAAACUUCUUUUUCUGUAUGGCAAAGUUACUACUGGAAAAAUACUUUUAAGUACUAAUCCUUUGAAGAGUUCUACUUUUGCUUUAAAAAGUUGAAUGCGUAUUCCACCUUAAGUUACUAGGAAUUUUUUUUUAAAUAUGACAUUCAGAUUAAUCUCCAGCUUGAACACUAGUAGUCCACAAAUCUCAGGAAUGUUUUAGGCAGAAAACUGGUUUUAUCUUGAUGAUCUGAAGGAGUGUGCUUUUGGAUGUAUUAAAUAAUACUAUUCUUACUUGCAAUCCUAGGUAUCUAGCAUGAGUGGCCUUAGUGAGUUUGUUGAAAUGCACAUGUUUUUCAAAAGUAAAAUUAAAGAUUAAAUAUAUAUGCUAUAUAUAGUUAUCUAGAAAACUUGGUUUAUGGUGCACAGUUAAGUGUUGGAUCACUAAAAUAACCAUUGCAGGUACCAUUUGUGUAACAUUACUCAUUUCUGUAUAUUCCUUUUAUGGGAAGAUAUGUUGCCAUGGUAACUAAAACUUUUCAAUUUAGUUCUACUUUUAUGAUGUGAAUGAAUGCUACAUUUUAUUAAAUAUUACCAGGUCAGUACUAUUUUUCUACUUUAUUAAGCAACAGGGGGAUUUUAGUUUAAUAGGCUCCAAAUAAAAAGCUCUUAAUGGGAUAAUUAAAAACAAAUCACUAAAAUUCUUUACAUGAAAAUCCCCACUACUAGUGCCACAGUAAUUUCUAUAGAAAUGUCUAAGGUCAUUAAUAGAUUUUUGAAGACAGCUCAUUGUGUCAAAUGACCUUUCAUACCAUUCUCACCAACUUGUAGUGGCCACCAUUAUUUGUAACUAUUAAACCAUACUAAGUAUGUUUGUAACCAGCAUUGUGAUAUAUUCUGUACUUGUAUUGCUAAAAAUGAAUUACUGAUCUAAUAAAUAGUGUUCCUGCAUUCA